CUUUGGUUGUUCAAAUAGUUUGGUGAUGUCAACGGAGCAACUUAGUGGUUAUGUCUCUACCGCCGCAGUGAAUCCACCACCGGAAGUGGAACCACAACACAAGCAAGCUUUGUCUUCGGGUGGUCCGGUCAGGAGUAUCGAUGAGUUGUACCGUAGUAUCCAGCAGGAGAUUCAGUUUUACAAGCGGGAGCAUGAGGCGAUUAGGGCCGACUUAAGCCAAUUAAUCCAGAGCAAUCGGGUGGAGUGCACGUUAGGUGAGCUUCUGACCGGAAGGGAUGGUGAUGGUGAAGCUGUAGAGGACGAUGGGGGUGGUGGUAAAGAUCAAGAGUACUUUAAGCGGAUAUCGAACGAAGUGAUUAACAAUUUGAGGAACCAGCUGGAGAUUGUGUGGGAGGAAAAAAAUACACUCGAAAGCCUCUGGAAAAGCUCUCAAAAGACAAUCCAGAUACUCGAGCUGGAAAUCGGCGAGUAUCGCCGGCAGCUCAAACAGCCCAAAAGCCUGCAAGAUCUGCGCCAGCACUACACGGCCGCACUCGAGCUGCUCCAGCAGAACCUGCUCGCGUUGCGGACAAAGCUUGUUCAACGGACCGAGGAGAACAAACGCCUUCAGGCCAGCGGUGCGGCCGAAGAGGACCGGCUGCGGACGCUCGAGCGGGACUUUUCCGCACUACAGACAGAACAUCAACAGCUGCAGUCCACGGUAGAGGAGUUCCGAAGCAAGGAAUCCAAACUGACCACCGACCUUGAAACCACGAUGAAGGAAAAGGAUAAACUGGAAGCCCUGCUAGACCAGGCGAAUGCCCUCGCCCGGAAGCACAUGGCUCGUGAAAACCAGGCCCUGGCCAAGGUCCAGGAGGCACUGCAAAUCGCCGACACGGCCAUUGACGAGAAGAACACGCUGGUGGUGCGCGAAAAGGACGUCCGCGAGGAGUGCAACUUUCUGGCGUCCACAAUCGGGCAGGUCAUGGAGGAGGCGGCCCACAAGGUCGAGCUGGAGAUGAACUCGCUGAGGAUGGGCUACGAGGGUCGGAUUGCGGGGCUGGAGAAGCAGCUGGAGCAGGCCAGGGAAGCGCUGGAGCAGCAGGCGCAGAAGACUCGCCAGGCGGAAGGUCGAGCGGCCACACUGGAGGACAAGUUCAAGGCGCUGAUUGUGACGAACCAGAACCUGGACGCGGACCUGCACGCGGCGUCCAAAUUGAUUAUUGAAAUGGAAUUAAAACUGGAGGCCUUCCAGAAGACGAUGGCCAAGGAGCGCGAAAUCAGCAAAACGAGCCAAGUGCGGGAGCACGAGCUGAAGCAACUGCUGGCUACCGCUGAGCAGCUCAAGGACCGCUGGAAGAGCGAGAUGGUGACGCUGACCGAUGGACUGCAGCGAAAACUGGCAGCACUUCGGCGGGAAAAUUGUAUGCUCAAGGCGGAAAACAAUCAAUUAAAGGAUCAGCUAUUGAGUGUGGCAGAUCCGGCCGUCGUGGAGCACCAGAACCGGGACCGAGACCUGCAACAGUAGAGCGGAGCAUUACCACCAUCAUCAUCAUCAACAUCAGUGGCGGUUCGAGCGGAUGAAUUCCGGAGGAAAGGAGGUCAAUCGAAUGAAACAAUUUCCACACCAUCACCGCAUCACGAUGGUGAAAAGGAUUUUCCUCGGAAAAUGUGGCUGUGGCCAAUGUUGCAUCGUGAUCAGAGGCAAAAGUGUAUGAUUUUGCAUUUUGCAACGAUCGGAAGUCAAAAAGUUGACGUUAGAUGAAUUGUAAAUAUAGCCAUCGGUUUGA